AUGGUCUCUUCUGUCCUCAUCCUCAUUGGAACCAACUUCUCCGAAUGGAAAGAGAAAGGUGAGUUCACAUUAGGUGUACUAGAUUUGUACUUGGCACUUCGUGAAGAAGAGCCUAGCCAACUCACUAAUGAUAGUACUGAGGAAGAAAAGGCUUUCCAUAAAGCGUGGGAGAAAGCUAACAGAUUGAGAAUCAUGUUCUUAAGGAUGACAAUAGCUAGCAACAUCAAAACUUCCCUUCCAGUUGCAGAGAAAGCUAAGGCUUAUCUAGCGGCUAUAGAAGAACAGUUUAAGACUGCAGACAAAUCCCUUGCUGGGAAACUUAUGGCAGAUCUUACAACCAUGAAACAUGAUGGCACAAGGUCUAUGCAUGAACAUUGCAUUGAAAUGACCAAUCUUGCGGCUAAGCUAAAGGGUUUAGGAAUGAGUGUGGAUGAUUCAUUUCUUGUCCAGUUUAUCCUAAACACUUUACCUCCUCAGUAUGGACCAUUCCAAAUCAAUUACAACGCCAUUGUUGAAAAGUGGACGUCGAUUGAAUUGGCUAACAAACUGGUCCAAGAGGAAUCAAGGCUUGGUCGUGAAGGUAUUAAGGUUGCCCACUAUGUCCAAGGAGCUGGACCUAAAGCUGGGAAAAGACAUCAACCAAGUCAUAAAAGAGCACCACCCAUGAUGAAUGAUUCUAAUCAAGUCAAUGAGAAGAAAGCAAGAAAAGAUGACCGAUGCAACUGUUGCAAAAAGUCUGGACACUUUCGGAUUCCUUACAACCCAGACCAUAAAUCCAAGUGA